UGCUGACACCUGCACACUUCAUCCUCUCCCUCACAUGUCUGGCUUGGGGGAACAUGGCCCUGAAAUCUCAGCUGACAUUGACUUUGUCACAGCACCAGGAGCGACAUUUUAUAUCAAGGAAUGUUGGUGAGGAUGUGAUUCUGAACUGUUCCUACGACGCAGGAGGUGAAUCAGCAUGGCUCUUCUGGUACAAGCAGCCCCUCGACCAGCAGCUGCGCCUCAUCUCCUCCUUCUAUGUUUUUGACACAGAAGAAUCUUUCCACAAUGAAUUCAAGAACAACCAGCGAUUCACGCAAGAGAAAGCGAACAACUUUUAUCACUUGGUCAUUUCAGAAGUGCAGAUUUCAGACUCUGCCACUUACUACUGCGCAAGCAGCAACGCGUAUGAUGUAAAGUUCACAGACGGUGUGACCUUGAUUGUGAGAGAGCCAGGUCUGAGCGUCCAAGCCUGGAUUGAUCAGUCGGUAUCAGGUGCGGUCCAGCUCGGCGGCUCGGCGACGUUGCGCUGUGAUGUACAGGUGGAGAUCUGUGACGGAGAACACAGUGUGUACUGGUUCAAAAACUCAGCAGACCAUCAUCGAAGAAUCCUUUAUGAAGGCAGAGCGCGAGAGUGUGAAAAGAAAGUCAACACAAAGACACUCGACUGUGUUUACCACCUGGAUCUGAAGGGCCUGAAUCAGUCCCACGCUGGGAACUACUACUGUGCGCUUGUUGCAUGUGGAAACAUCCUGUUUGGAAAUGGGACCAUGCUGGGGUUUGAUGAUGGGGUGAACUCUCAGGUCGUGGUCGACGUCCUGAUUGGAGCUUUGGCAUUCUCGACCAUUCUGUCAGUUGCACUGAGUGGCCUCGUCUACAAAGUCAACCAAAAGAACAGCUUCCAGUCCACUGAUGUGGAAUUUUCAGCUCCCACACUCAUCGAGGGUGAGAGCCAGGAAACAGACAACCUCCAUUACGCUGCUCUGAGCUUGAACACAUCCAAGAGGUUAAGAACACAAAGCAACCCCGCCGAGGACGGCUGUGUUUAUGCCAGUGUGAUGAAGUAGAACCACACCAGCUUUGUUUGCUUUAUAUUCUUGUAGAUUUAAAUGAUAAAUGUAUUUUGCUUAUAUUGCACUCUCUUUUCACUGCUGCAUGAGUCCCAAUAAGCUUUGCAUUGUUAUUCACAUUGACAAUAUCACUGUUCCAAACCACCUUUGAUAGGUUAACAGUUGCAUUGUGGUCCGUGGUUCAACACAAAAACCUCAAAAAAAACUUGAGAUGAGCAUGCUUAUUUUUUAUCCUUUGUCAUUUCAUAUUCCUUUUAUAACCUUUUUUUUUUUCCAUGAU